UUCGCUUCUUACAGCCUGUUUUAACAGCACUUUUGAUACACCAACAAUCCAUCCAAGAUGCAGAAUCUGACUUCAAUAAGGUACUGUGUCCUGAGGCAGUACAAGUUGCGAAUGAGCAGAGCCAUUGUGGAGGUCAAAGGUCAGAGGUCAGCCAGCUCCCUUUCUGGCCUGACCAGAAGAGAGAUGAUAGACAGGUUCAUCAGAGUGGACCAUGCCGGGGAGGUAGGGGCUGAUAGGAUCUAUGCCGGCCAGCUUGCUGUACUCAAGAAUACCUCAGUGGGACCCCUUAUACAGGAGAUGUGGGAUCAAGAGAAACAUCACAAGGAGACAUUUGAGAGACUCAUCCCAGAACGCAGGGUACGACCCACGGUCCUGUUGCCAAUAUGGAAUGUUGCCGGCUAUGUCUUGGGUGCUGGUACAGCUCUCAUGGGUAAGGAAGCUGCCAUGGCUUGCACAGUAGCAGUAGAAGAAUCAAUAGGACAACAUUACAAUGACCAGAUCCGUGCCCUGAUUGAGGAUGAUCCUGAGGUCCACAAGGAACUAUUAGAAAUUAUCAAGCAAUUCAGAGAUGAGGAGCUAGAACAUCUUAAUACAGGCCUAGAGAAUGAUGCCAAGAAGGCACCCAUGUACUCUACAAUGGACAUGGUCAUCAAGGGUGGAUGCAAGGCUGCAAUAUGGCUGUCAGAAAGGAUAUGAGCGCAAGUUGCAAUCCUUUGCCGUUCUUGCGCGAGAGAUAUGUUUGUAUCACUCCAAAGACUCUUUCUCCCUGGAUCACUCACCCUGCAGAGGGCA